AUGGAAGCUGUGCUUCAAACCAGAGGGCUUUUCUCACUGCCGCCUAACCCAAAAACCAGAGCUUUAUAUGCAUCCCAGGGUUUAAGGCAGAGGAUUUCGGCUUCAAAACCCAAAACCUCAACUGGGUUUUCCUUAUCUUCAAAUGGGGUUCGAAAAUUUCCGACCUUUGUGUCAACCCCCAAUGGUCUGUUCUCAAAGAACAGAACUUUGCAUAUGUGCAAGGCGGAAGCCGCCGCUGCUUCCGACGGGCAGCCUUUGUUUCGUAAGGAAGGUGAGAGCAAGAAGGUUCUAGGUGUCGAGGUUGAGACCCUGAAGAAGAUUGUUCCCCUAGGUUUGAUGUUCUUCUGUAUCUUAUUCAAUUAUACGAUUCUGAGGGAUACGAAGGAUGUGUUGGUUGUGACUGCUGAAGGGAGCAGUGCAGAGAUUAUCCCCUUUCUGAAAACAUGGGUGAAUUUGCCUAUGGCGAUUGGGUUUAUGCUUCUGUACUCCAAAUUGGCUAAUGUGCUGUCUAAGCAGGCUCUGUUCUAUACUGUAAUCAUGCCAUUUAUCGCCUUCUUUGGAGCUUUCGGGUUCUUCUUGUAUCCCUUGAGUCAUUAUAUUCAUCCUCACGCGUUUGCUGAUAAGCUUCUCAACGUGCUUGGCCCGAGAUUUCUUGGUCCACUUGCUAUUAUGAGGAUUUGGAGCUUUUGUUUGUUCUAUGUCAUGGCUGAAUUGUGGGGGAGCGUGGUGGUUUCAGUUCUCUUCUGGGGAUUUGCUAAUCAGAUCACUACUAUUGAUGAAGCAAAGAAAUUUUACCCACUGUUUGGGCUUGGUGCAAAUAUUGCCUUAAUUUUCUCGGGACGAACAGUUAAGUAUUUCUCUAAUCUCCGGAAGAAUUUGGGUCCUGGAGUUGAUGGUUGGGCUGUCUCCCUCAAAGGAAUGAUGAGCAUUGUUGUACUAAUGGGUGGUGCUAUCUGCUUCCUUUACUGGUGGGUAAAUAGAACUGCCACUCUUCCAACGGUCAGCAAGAAGAAGAAGGCAAAGCCAAAGAUGGGUACAAUGGAGAGCUUGAAAUUCCUCGUCUCUUCAAGAUACAUCAGAGACCUUGCAACUUUAGUUGUUGCAUACGGCAUUAGCAUCAACCUUGUUGAGGUCACAUGGAAAUCUAAGCUCAAGGCUCAGUUCCCAAGCCCGAAUGAGUACUCUGCAUUCAUGGGCGACUUCUCCACGGCUACUGGAAUAGCCACCUUCACGAUGAUGCUCGUCAGUCAAUACAUCUUCAACAAAUACGGAUGGGGAGCUGCAGCCAAAAUCACACCCACAGUGCUCCUUAUCACGGGUGUCGGGUUCUUUUCGCUGAUCUUGUUUGGUGGUCCUCUCGUACCAACACUUGCCAAAUUCGGGAUGACACCUCUGCUUGCAGCCGUCUAUGUUGGUGCCAUGCAAAAUAUCUUCAGCAAGAGUGCCAAGUAUAGCUUGUUUGAUCCCUGCAAAGAAAUGGCUUACAUCCCUCUCGAUGAGGAAACCAAGGUUAAAGGAAAGGCAGCCAUUGAUGUUGUCUGCAACCCCCUUGGGAAAUCAGGGGGAGCUCUGAUUCAACAGUUCAUGAUCUUGACCUUCGGUUCACUGGCUAAUUCGACUCCCUACCUUGGAGUGACCCUUCUGGGUAUCGUACUUGCGUGGUUAGCGGCAGCCAGGUCGUUGGAUGGCCAGUUCACUGCUUUGAGGCGGGAGGAUGAACUCGAGAAUGAGAUGGAAAUGGCUGCUGUGAAAAUUCCUGUUGUAUCCGAUAACGAAAGCGGGAAUGGGUCUCUUCGCAGCAGCAGCAGCAGCAGCUCUGUCUCCCCAUUGAACCCUACCGCAGGUGACUCCUCAACCAGCAGCUCUUCAGCUCCUAAGCUGUAA